AUGGAUGUAAAAAUAGCGGCAUUGUCUAAUGAUCGAAAAAAUGAUUGGAAUGAACAUUUGCCAUUCGUUACGUUUGAUUAUAAUGCCAGUAUCCACUCAAUCGCAGGACAAAUGUCAUUCGAACUUAUGUUUGAAAGAUCACCCGUAGACUAUUUCGACCAUCAAGACCCAAACAUAUCACUUGCACAAGGUCCAGAGCGUUUACAAAAAUUAUACAAAUAUUUGGCAAAUUUGACAGAUCAAGUAAAAUCGAAUGUAGUCCAACACCAGAAAAUUUACAAACUACGUUAUGAUAAAAAUCGUUCGAAUCCAUCAUUUAAAAUAGGACAGCUAGUGCUCAUCAAACUUACUGACACGCAACAUAAAUUUGAUAUUCGAUAUGAAGGUCCAUUUUAA